GAGACAACUAAAAAGUCAAUAAAGACGAAAACGGAAAGCGGAAAUUGUUUCUGUAUCCUUGGUGUCUACAGUAUUAAGCUUAGAUUAAUUGUCAUGUCCACAAAUUUGGAAUAUAGAGCAAGAGAAAGACAGAGAAAAAGAGAAAGUAGGCGACAGGCCAGCGAAGCUCAACGAGAAAAAAAACAAAGGAGAGAUUUUUUCGUUGGAAAAACAUGAAAAUUUUGUAGCGGCGGUGACAAAAUGCCAAAUGUUAGCGGCUACCAAUGUAAGGUGAAAAUCAGCGGCAGUGAAAAAAAAGUGUAACUACGAAGCUUCUGGAAGUUUCACGUUCCAGUCGUGCAAAACAACGGCAAUUGCUUUUUUGCUAGUUAGACCUAUUGUUGUUUUUCACUGUUCUCCGGCGUUGCCUUCGCCGCUUAGCAUUACAAGAUUCUAUAUUUGUUUGAACAAACUUUAAAUAUUAUCGAGAGCUUCUCUUUUAGCCCUGGCUAAAUCCAUAUAUUACUAAAGCAAAAAAUGUAUUGCUGCAUCAAAUGAAUUCCAAAAAUUCAGGUCAGGUAGACUGUAUUUAGGCAUCGAAACUGUUUCCUCUCGUCCGUUGCCACAAGUUUUAAUGCUAUGCGUUUUAGUGUGAAAAAUAUUUUUAAUUUUUUUUAAAUAACUUUUUCAUAACUCUGCAGAAGAAUUAUGUAUGUACUAAGUCAUUACUUUAGCACAUAAUUAAUCAAAACAUGCAGCAAUAUCCUGCUGGCAUAUCCCCUUUAAGGAUCCUCAGAAAAAUGCAAAUACAGUGGAACCCCGCGUACACGGUCACCAUUGGGCCGAGGGUUUGUUUACAAGAAAAUGUAUGGCUUUUCUCCCGAGGGCCAAAUAAACUGGCCGUACUAACGAGGUGACCGUAUCAACGAGGUGGCCGUAAGGCGGGGUGUCACUAUAAAAUGGCAAUUUAGGUUUCUGGGAAACUGCCCACCUACCCCUCCCCUCACUCAAAGUUAACAUUUGCGUCUCACUUGGGGCAAAAUCUUAGAUUAGGGGAGGGGUAGGUGGGCAGUUUCCCAGAGACCUGAAUUGAUCCGUAAAAUGAUUAUUCAGAUCGUUUGGUUUGUAAACAUGUCUGAUUUUAUGAACAUUUUGUUUUUAGAUCUUUACGCAGCUGAAAGAAAGGCUGACGCCAAAACUUUUUUCAACCACGUCAUAACACCUUUCCUUGACCAGUCAGAAAGCGGGAGCAUACUAGAGCCUGUGUUCGUCCAUAUGAUUAAAGAUGAGGGAAGGAAAAGCCAAGUAUCACCAUCACGACAGGUCCCUAAACCAGUGUCUUCCACAGAAGACGUCAUCGAAGCUGUUCUUAAAGCAAAAAGAGAAAAGAAAGUGCUUCGUGUCGCUGGAUCUGAGCAUUCUGUACGCGAUGCCAUUUUCCCUGAAGAUGGCGUUACACUACUGCUCACGGGGGAUUUACGAAAAGUAGAAAUACUAAAAGUGAAAAGAGAACCUUUCAAGAAAUGGCUGUACUGUCGCAUUGGAGCAGGCUGUUACCUGGGCAGAGAUCCUUUGGAUCCUCACUCAGAUCUUAAGAAUUCAGCCUGCUAUCAGGUAAACCAGAACGGUUUUAGCUUUCCAGAGCUAGGAGGCAUCAUACAACAAUCAAUCGGUGGCUUUAUCAUGACAGGUUCUGCAGGGGGAAGCUUAAAGCAUGGCUUUGCUGAUGUGAUCCAAGAGAUCGAGUUCGUGGACGGGAAUGGUCAGGUGCAGAUUGCAAAGCCUGGGACGGACCUUUGGUCUGCCGUUGGUGUUUCCAUGGGACUCUUCGGCAUCAUAACCCACGUGACAUUUCGUCUUCCUGAAAUGAAGCUUAUUGAAGGAACAGAGUCAGAUCAUCCAUUUGAUGAGUCUCUGAUUGGACCCAACAAAGAAGGGAACAGUAAGCUGAGGGAGAGUCUAGAGAGUCACGAAUACAUGCGAGUUAACUGGUUCCCACAGAAGGAAGUGCAGCGAGUCCAGCAGUGGGUUGGAAAGCAAACUUCCAAAGGAGACAUCAUUCCUUACCAUUCCAUCUUGUCCAACAUCCUUGCCGCUGGAAUGGCCGCCAUAGCCUUAGCAAUCUGCAAUUUCCUAAUCGAAAAGCCAGACCCAACAGCCAUUGAUUAUGAUAUCAUCGGUGCCAUUUUGCGAGUAUUCGUUCCCCUGGACAAACCAAAGCCCUUUCGUGGCAUCUGGUUUGAAACCUUACCCAUGGAUAACGAGGCACACACGGAUUCGAUUAUCAAAGUGGAUUUCACAGAGAUCUGGAUGCCUCUUGACCAGUGUCAGACCGUCAUGGACAAACUCGCCAAGCUCUUUGAGAAUCAGAAAGCCGCUGGCAACUUUGCUACUGAGAUCUACGGCGCCAAGGAGUCUCCAUUCUGGCUGAGCAUGUCAUACAACCAGAAAAUGGUGCGUGUUAAUCCCUACUGGUGGCAUUACAACAAAGGCGACAAACGGGAAUACUUCUCCUAUUUCUGGGAUGUUCUACUGGAUAUUCCUGGGACUCGUCUGCAUUGGGGAAAGUACCUCCCACAUCCCCGUAAAACAUAUGGAAAUACGACAUUCAACUUGGCUUAUCUUAAAAGUGUGUACCCUAAGAUGGAUGACUGGUUAAAGCUUCGCGAGGAAAUGGAUCCAGAUCAGGUGUUUGUUUCUGACUACUGGCGUAAGAUUCUCGAAAUACCAGCUAAGAGCGAGUAGACACGUAUGUCACGUGCUGUCUCUAAUGACAUUCUUUGCCAUUCUUAAUUGUUUGGCUGUGACUGAAAAGCAAAUGAACAAACUUAAAUCUUUGAAAAUAUUACUUCCGUAAUGUGAUUCAGCGAUAGAACAAUAAGUCAACAGUAAGUCAUUUUGAUCUCCAAGGUAAAACGGUGUUAAAAAGAAGCAGCUGAAAUUUCCGCUGUAACAUGUUAUUUGUCAUGUAGCAGCUGCUUGGAAGAGAAGUCACCAAUGGUGCGUUUCCCUGACCCCAAACAAAACUAAAAAAAUUGGAAGAAUAACAGGUCAUCGUUCCCCGCGACCAAUUCGGAGGGACCUUUCUACCAGCUCCUACGCUACCCCGAUUAUUUCUGAUCCGUUAAAAGUUCUUUAUUGAUCAUCCCAAUUGUUUUGAGAAUCAAUUUUGAUCAGGUCUCAGUGCGAAUUAUGUCUGCAUCGUGAUUCUAAAUAAUAUGUAGUGAUUUGUAGGUGAGGCAAUAGCUCCAGAGCAGUUUUGUUAUAUUAACUGGGUUGAAAAAAUAAAAUGGUUACCGAAAAACAGAUUGGCAAGCGGACGUUUCGAGCGCCAGGCCUUUGUCACAGCUAGUCAAUUGAACAAAUAUUCUUAAUUUCAAGAAACCAUUUUUCCCAUUGAUAGCGAUUUCAUAUACCACAUCGACUCAGUUCAAUUAAUGAUAAAAAGUAGGCCGACACUGUUAUAACACCUACACUUCCGGUCACAAUUGUAGAAACACUUCCCGAAAAUACAGGCUCGUUGCACGAGAACCUCUCCUCCCUCCCUCUCCUACCCAAACGUUGAUCUCCGCACAGUUUGCUUUGGCAUAAACGUCUUUACAAUCAACAUUCAUUUCAACAACUGUGAUCAAGAUUGUUAGUGGUAAAAGAUUGCCAUUUUAUAGUUUUGUUCGACAUUUCCCAAAUUAAAAACCCUUCCACAGUUUUGUCGUCGUUUCGUUUUGUUUUUGUUGUUGCUUUGGUCAAGGCAGACGACAUUCCAUAAGGCGUGAAUUACUCUUGCUCAACACCAAAACAUUUACAAGGGUUGUUAAUUGUUUCGAUGCUGCUAUACGACGAGAUCUUUAUGUACUUUUCUUACACCAGAGUUAAAGGUGAUUGCUAAUACUAGUCAGACGAUCGAGUAUAUAUAGUAGUUGACCAUAGUUUAUACAUUAACGAACGUUUAUCAUAUAAUCUCGUUGACAUAACUUUAGUAAUGUCUUAAAUAAGAAAAUGGAUCUUUUGAAGCCACUUGUAAUCGACUCAGAUGCCUAACCAGACUCCUUAGUUAUUCUAUUUUCUCGGUGUAUUAGAUUUGUAAUAAAUAUACCGCACGUGCUCUUCAACGUUUGCUUGACUUUCUAUAAGACUCCAUGGACCUACUUAACUGCCAGGCCAUGUUUACGCCUGUCAAAACCCUUUUUUUACCUUGGGAUUCAAUUCGCGUAAGGUUUGAUUGGAUUGGCCAUCAGGGAUUCUUGUGAAACCCAGCUUAGGUAUGCUUGUUAGACUGUACUGUAUCGGUCGGUCGUGGUAAAUUUGCCCCGUUCCAGGCUCUCAGAUGGUAGGGGCGUAGCGAAAUAAGACGCACGUGACCUAGGAAAAGGGGGCACUCCCCACCCCCCCCCUUCCCCGCGCAUCUUUCGCACUGGUUAUCACAAUCGCUAAAAAUAAUAUCUUGAACUCUGAACAGUCCAGAAAGCCCAGAAAGUCCCCUUUUAACAGGUAACCUUUCAAUUUGGUAUGUCAUCCUGCUUUGCAAGAUGAUGUGGCUGUUCGUCAACGAAACCAGACUAACGAAUGAUGGCUUCAUGAUAAUUUUCUUUUUUAAAAACAUAGAAAACGCUGGUUGAGCAGGUUUCAAUGUUAGUUCUUCUCAACGCUGCGCUUUUCUUAACCUCGCAGCUCACCAGCGUGCCCACAAGUAGGCUUUUUUGAGCGACGAAUCGGGGAAAACGAGCGAUUUUUUGACCCAACUAAAACGUAAUUUUAGGAAGUCGGUAGAACCACACGUUCCUUUACUUCCGCUUACAGAAAACAGUUAUAUUUCAAGCUUACGUGACUUAGAACAAAACCCCGUAACAUCAUUACAGGGAAUGAAUAGAACUCUUUUGAUCUUCCUUACUUCCGGUUCUCAGAGUGAAUUCACAAGAAUGACAAUCACGAACACGUGACUUUGCCGGUGGUACCUGCUUGGUGUUAACAGCAUAACAUUGAUCGGUAAUCAGCUAGUCAAAUUUACCAAUUAGUUUUUCAACAGAACAUUUGAGGAAAAAUCGAAAUCAUUUUAGCGCAAUGGAAAACAAUGGCAGAUUUCGACUUCCAUACUGCUAAACUGGUCGCGCUUAGAAGGAAGGGCAACGCGUUGCAAUUUACGUUUGUUGUUACCGGCCGCAAGAGUGAGUGAGAAUGACAGCUUCGGGGGCAAUGGGACUGUUUGUUACACGAAGUAGAAAGGUGAUUGUUUUUUCGUUGUUAUUUGUUUCGUCAGUGUAAGAACUGAUAGCUUAAGACAACGGGUCUAACUAUAAAUGUACCACCGCCAGACUCCGCCUAACCUACUCCGUUUACCGAGACACCGUUUCAACAGAGAUUAAAUUGGAAUUGAAAUCAGUUUUUUUCGAAGCACUUUGUACAGAGUCUUCACGAUGAGUAAGCGAGUUAAUUCAAGUGUGUUAUGACAUUUAUAAAUGUUGUUCUUUAAGAUUUCCUCAGUUCAGUUCUUUCAUUGUUCUAUUGCAGAUUAAGGCAGAUCGCUUGUUUAAACCACUCUAUUUACUUUCAUUAAUAUUUAAUCACACGUAAGAAAAUUCGUCAGGGAAAUAGACGUAUUCCUUUAACUGAAUUCAUAUACUUAGUACAACCUCUUUCUUCUUGCAAAAAAGGAUCGAGUAAUUCAAGAACUAUUCGAUUAAAACUGCAGCAUGCCAUAAAAAAUCUCCAAGUAGGCCAUAGAAUAACAAGGACCCCUUGGUCGCUAGACAAUAGCGAUCACGCCUUGUAUAUUCCUUCCAGGAGGACGAAUAAGCUUACUUAAAACAGGACCUUUAAAGGUAUGUUAGCUAACCGAGAAAAAUCAGCUUUAAGACUAAUUUGCUGAAUCUCAAAGCGGAAAAACAAGUAAACAGUAUUUCAAGGUCUCUGCUAAAAGAUAAUAUCCGUAACGCACUGGCGUUUCGACUGGUGGCUGGUUGCCGGAACAUUGAUUCACUCUUGACCAUUCAGUCAUGCAAUAAAUUGCAAUUGUUUAUUCAUACAUUUUACUUAUUUCAACCCCCGGCGCCAAAACGGCAUCCGUUGUUAUGUGGUGAAAUUAUUUUCACAUGAAUGGCUGUGUUUUCGUGAAGCCUCUUUUUGCUAAAGAGGAACGGUGAAUGACGGAAAUGGGCCGACUCGUUUGUUUAUGCCAUAAACAAAGGAAAUACAGUUAAAGUUUCCUUAAAGGAGCACAAGGGGCAACAAUGACGGCGACGGCUACGAAAACGUCAAUUACAAUCUGAGUGUGUUCGAGCUGCUUCAAACUUCAUCACCUUUAUUUCUUCUCGUUCAAUUGGUCAAAUGUUGGCGAAUUUGUCUUUAGUUGCAUUCUAAGGGACUGUAUCAAAGUUCAGGGAAAGAAAAAGAGGGUCGUUGUCUUGUGUUCAUAUCCUCCGUCUUUCCUCGGCCUCUCGCGCCUCCGCCGGUAGCUCGCGCGGCUCGCUUUGCUCGCUCAAAUAUGACAGCUUGCUCGCAGGCUAGCCGACUCUGAUAUAGCACAGUUUUAUGAAACCUAAACUAUACACAGCCUGAUCAUUAACACUGUCCCGCAAAAACAGUGUUAUUGUUAAGUCGUAAGUGUCAAGCUCGCGUCAUCCGCCACCUUUUCCUCAUACUGCCAGUUCAGCGCCGCUACAACAGGAUCCGCAUGACCUUCAAUCAGCCAUUAACAGAAGCUUGGACUAUAAUAAUUUGUGUAUGGCCGCGUAAAGGAGCCUCGCUGUUGAUUUUUACAGAGGGAUCCUCCUUGUAUGUAAUGCCAAUUUCCAAUAAAUUUUUGAUGACAUAACGUCAAUCAUACGCUUCCUUCAAAGGCUUUUAUCAUCAAUGUUUUCAAGAACUAGGGUCGCAAUUUAAGCAAGACUGGGCACUGCCCUGAAGAGGAUUUCUACUGAUACAAACAGUUGUACUAUUUUGAUGACACUGCCACUUUAACAUGCCGUAGCCAGCUACUUAGCAUGCUUAUGGGUUCAUUUCUUAAUUUAUGUGACUUUAUUUGUUGCAGGCGUUUUUUCUCGCUGCAAUCGCUGUUGCUGUGGUGGUCUAUCUCGGAACUGUUAAAGAUUACUUUAGCUUGACAGAGUACGCAACGACGGCUCCCAAAAGAGAAUUCUUACACAAAAGUAAGACAGUUGAAUGUUACCUCACCACAUAACGCCUAGUGAUCUUGUAGAUAUCUAUUUCUCUCAUAGUCCUUGUCUUAGGAUUUUCAUAUGAAUUACUUGCUUUUAUAUUUUUAUUACAGAUAACAAGAUAGCCAAUCAUCAACUGGGGAACGACACCGAAUUUGUAGACUUGACAUCUCCAACAAAGAGAAAUCAUAUAUCCUCGCUCAGAACGGGUCAAAAGGGUCAAAAUUCAUUUCAGAAAGAGGAAAGAGAGACAUUUAAUGAUGACCGUGAUAAAAGCGUAGGCAGGGCAGCUGUGGUAGUACCGAAUAGUGUUGAUAAGCAUAAUGAGGAAGAUGAUGACAGCGGCAGCUAUAAUCACGACGAUGACGAUGGCGAUGACGAUGACGAUGACGACCAAGAUAAUGACGAUGAUAACGAGGACGUAAAGACCGCCCGAACGGUUAUCGAUUUCAGCCAUCGAAAUUUUGAUAACAUCGAAGGUAGAACUGUUGAAGAUGAAAAAGACGAGCCUGAAAAAUUCAUCAAUCGUGAUAUCAUUUUUUCAAAACAGAAAUCAGACGACGGUUCACAAAAUCUUAUACGAAUAACAAAGGCAGCCAGGAGCACGCAAGCUCCAUCACAAACGGGAGUAAGCGGGGCAAGAGCAACUGCCGCCAGCCGUUUUGGUACAAUUUCUGGGACAGACAAGAAAGAAAUUAGUACAACAGAACUAUCAGUGAAAGAAAACAAACCAGUAAAUAAGAGUGUGUACUUUGAAAUAACCAAGAAAAAAACACUUGUUCCAGUGGAUAUUUACCCGACUGUGUUUAAAGCUGUGAAUAAAAACUUGAAGCAGAAUAAGGCUAACCACCCAAUUGGAUAUCAGAUAAACCAUUCAGUUUCACCGCUUACUGGGUUAACAAGCAAACCUGUUCCCCAAACAGGUCUACUAUCCAUGGUAUUAAAUGACACAUUGGAUGACCUGAAUUAUUACAGUAAACCAUCAGUUUGCCCAGUUCUACAGAUUCGACAAUCAAGGCAGUGGAGUGAAAACGUAAAUUGUGUUCAACAGAAGAUUCCAUCUACAUCUUGCGCCAGGGCAUCAAAGGAAUACAGUGCCAAAGAUGAACCUGUAAAAUGUAGUCAAAAUGACUGGAACCAACAGCUUUGCUCUUACAAAAUGACAAAUACGUUAUCGAGCCUAACGGAAGCAACAGUUGUAUGUAAUACAACAGUUUGCGGGACACACCCCGUGUACGUCCUCGAGUUCAGUCCUACUUACGGGAUUCUUGAAGAACGUGCUUUUUGGAAGCGAUACUUCACUAACGAAGGUCUUGAAACUUAUCUAAAGAGGUACGCAAUUGCGAGCCCUUCACACGGUUUUAAUUUCUGCAUUCUGGCAUGUUUCAGAAAGGAUCGGCUGGGUAUUAUCGAGCAGUUGUUCACGUUUCAUUCGCUUAAUCUCCACAAAGCCACUGAUGAUACAAUUAGAGGCUUUAACCUCAACAUCAUACUGCUUGACUCUGUGUCUCGCCCUCACUUCUACCGCUCACUUCCUAAAACAGUUACCACCUUGAGGGAAAUCGUGCAUUAUGAUUCAUACAACGCUACUGUUCUUGAUUUUGAGCUAAUGCAGAGCACUGCUGCGUACACGUUUCAUAACAUUAGAGCUUUGAUGUCCGGCAAGACGGACUUUGGAUAUUCUGGUGGGCACGUAAACGAAACGUACGGCAUUGAUGUUCUGUUUGGAAAAUUUAAGCAGCUUGGUUAUUAUACUUUACUGCAAGAAGAUAGUUGCUGGUUCGAUUCUUGGGGAUCUUUAUUUACUGACAAUAAAUAUCAGGGUUCCAAACCUCAAAAUGAAUCUGAAUUUGCUAGACGCUGGCAAGAGUUUCGAGAAAUGGUGAAGCAUUACAAUGUGGACGAUUUUGGUUUAUCACACGCCUCCUGCGAAGUACUCAAGCGUUACAGUACAACAAACCAAUUUAACCAUCCAAAGAGAGUUUGUUACGCAGGAAAACCUCUAGCUGAUUAUUUCUUAGAUUAUACUGAAAGCAUUUACGAUGAUUUGAAGGCCUUGAGGAAAGACACAAGAGUGCUAACAUACACACACCUUAACACUGGUCAUGAAGUUAGUGGAACUCGCAUAAGGCAAAUCGAUGAACGCCUUUCGCGAUAUAUAGAGAAAAUGGCUUCUAUGGAGAACACACUGACCGUUGUUCUUUCUGAUCAUGGCCCGAAAACAACAGGAUUCUCAUUUCAUACAAUGGAGGGGAGAGCUGAAAAAUAUGAUCCCUUUCUUUUUAUGGUUUUGCCGGAGAAGGUUGCUCGAGCUUUGGGUUUGAAGACAGUGAAAGCAUUAGUGCAAAAUCAAAAUCGGCUAAUAACUACAUUAGAUCUUCAUAAAGCUUUCAUGUCUUUAGAAGUGCCAGGAUCACGUGAUCAAGGAAUAUUCGGUCUGAUCCCUGUCAGCCGCACAUGCGCUGAUUUGUCAAUGAAACCGCUGGCUGUAUGCAAGUGCGAGGGCUGGGAAAAAAGAUUCCCGGAUGGUGACAAACGAUUUAUGUGGUUAGCAGAGUUUGCUGUUGGCAAUAUAAAUAACAACAUCCAAGAGCAAUAUUUGAGGGGAAGCAAGGAAAUUAAAGGUUAUGGUAAUUGCCAGCGACUAACUGGUAAAAACGUCUCUAAAAUUCGACAGAGGUCGGAAGGAGGAAACUUUUUUACGACAAUGGACGUUACUGUGAGCCCAGGAAAUGAAAUUUUCGAGGUUCAAUUUCAACAUUCUCAGAACAUGAAGGAAAGAUCUGCGUUUAUAAAAAUGACUCAGCGCGACCGCGUUACAAUUUACAGACAUUUCAGUAAAUGUGCGGAUACUACGGUUUCCUUGGGAUUAUGCAUCUGUGACCAUGGCAACUACCAUGAAAGACCCACGAAACAAAAACUGCAUAAAUGGGUUACAAUAAAAACUAGACAAGAUAUGCUUGAGCUUAUAUCUUUGUCAAACAGCUUUGGAGUGGAAACUAAAGUUAAAGACAUUCAC